UUAUUUUAACUCCCUCUCCUUUCCGGAUGGCUGUGUAGCAAACGUAGGCGACACCUUGGAAGGAACGAAGUUGGUCUGCAGUGGCAAUUUCGUGGGUUCAUAGUUUUGACCGCCGGGCUUGGAGAUGGAGCCCUGGUCCAGGUGGAAAAUGAAACGUUGGGUCUGGAAUCUCACCGUCUCAACCCUCGCCUUGACUUUCCUCUUCCAAGCCAAAGAGGUCAGAGGAGCUGCUCCAGUUGAUAUACUAAAAGCACUAGAUUUUCACAAUUCUCCAGUGGGGAUAUCUAAAACAACAGGAUUUUGUACAAACAGAAAGAAUUCUAAAGAUUCAGAUGUUGCUUACAGAGUUACAGAGGAAGCACAAAUCAGUGCCCCAACGAAACAGCUCUUUCCAGGUGGAAUUUUUCCAGAAGAUUUUUCAAUACUAUUUACAAUAAAACCCAAAAAAGGAACUCAAGCUUUCCUUUUAUCAAUAUAUAAUGAAAAUGGUAUUCAGCAACUUGGGGUUGAGGUUGGGAGAUCACCUGUCUUUCUAUUUGAAGACCAUACUGGAAAACCCAGUCCUGAAGACUAUCCCCUCUUCUCAACAGUUAACAUCGCUGAUGGCAAGUGGCAUCGGGUUGCAAUCAGUGUAGAGAAGAAAACUGUGACAAUGAUUGUUGAUUGUAAGAAGAAAAUCACAAAGCCACUCGAUAGAAGUGAGAGAUCAAUCGUCGAUACCAAUGGAAUUAUGGUGUUUGGAACAAGAAUUUUAGAAACAGAUGUUUUUCAGGGCGAUAUUCAACAGUUCUUGAUCACUGGUGACCCCAAGGAAGCAUAUGACUACUGUGACCAUUACAGUCCAGACUGUGACUCAACAUCCAAGGCUGCUCAGGCUCAGGAGCCACAGAUAGAUGAGUAUGCACCUGAGGACAUAAUCGAGUAUGACUAUGAGUAUGGGGAAACAGACUAUAAAGAGAUUGAGAGUAUAACAGAGACACCAACUGUCACUGAAGAAACAGUUGUCCAAACAGAGGCAAAUAUUGUAGAUGAUUUUCAAGACUACAACUAUGGAACAAUAGAAACUUACCAGACAGAGUCUCCGAGGCGCUUAUCAGGGUCAAAUGAGCCAAAUCCAGUUGAAGAAGGUUUUACUGAAGAAUAUCUAACUGGAGAGGAUUAUGAUGUCCAGAGAAACAUAUCUGAGGAUAUUCUCUAUGGAAACAAAGGAAUAGACGGCAGGGACUCUGAUCUUCUGGUAGAUGGAGAUUUAGGCGAAUAUGAUUUUUAUGAAUACAAGGAAUAUGAAGAAAGGACAACACCCUCCCCUAAUGAAGAAUUUGGCCCAGGUGUCCCAGCAGAAACUGAUUUCACAGAAACAAGCAUAAAUGGCCACGGAGCAUAUGGAGAGAAAGGACAGAAGGGGGAACCAGCUGUGGUUGAACCUGGCAUGCUUGUUGAAGGACCACCUGGGCCAGCAGGACCAGCGGGUCUAAUGGGUCCUCCAGGUCAACAAGGUCCUUCUGGGCCCCCCGGUGACCCUGGUGAAAGGGGACCCCCAGGACGUCCUGGCUUACCAGGAGCUGAUGGUCUACCUGGUCCUCCUGGAACCAUGUUGAUGUUACCAUUCCGCUAUGGGGGUGACGGCUCCAAAGGACCAACCAUCUCUGCACAGGAAGCUCAAGCUCAGGCAAUUCUUCAGCAGGCUCGUAUUGCUCUGAGAGGCCCACCUGGCCCUAUGGGUCUAACUGGAAGACCAGGUCCUGUGGGGGGUCCUGGUUCAGCUGGAGUCAAAGGUGAGAGUGGGGAUCCAGGUCCUCAGGGCCCUCGAGGUGUUCAAGGUCCACCUGGUCCAACAGGAAAGCCUGGAAAGAGGGGCCGUCCAGGUGCCGAUGGAGGGCGCGGGAUGCCAGGAGAACCAGGGUCUAAGGGAGACCGAGGAUUUGAUGGACUUCCUGGUCUACCAGGUGACAAAGGUCAUAGGGGAGAAAGAGGCCCACAAGGUCCCCCUGGCCUUCCUGGUGAUGACGGAAUGAGGGGAGAAGAUGGGGAGAUUGGGCCCAGGGGUCUUCCAGGUGAAGCUGGUCCACGAGGCUUGCUAGGACCAAGGGGAACUCCUGGACCUCCUGGGCAGCCUGGUAUCGCAGGUAUAGAUGGCCCACAAGGACCUAAGGGGAACAUGGGUCCUCAAGGGGAGCCUGGACCUCCUGGACAGCAAGGGAAUCCAGGACCUCAGGGUCUUCCUGGUCCACAAGGCCCUAUUGGCCCUCCUGGUGAAAAAGGACCACAAGGAAAGCCAGGGCUUGCUGGGCUUCCAGGUGCUGAUGGGCCUCCAGGUCACCCAGGAAAAGAAGGCCAGUCUGGAGAAAAAGGGGCCUUGGGUCCUCCUGGUCCACAGGGACCUAUUGGCUAUCCUGGUCCCCGUGGAGUAAAGGGUGCAGAUGGUGUCAGAGGUCUCAAGGGAUCUAAAGGUGAAAAGGGUGAAGAUGGCUUUCCAGGGUUCAAAGGUGACAUGGGACUUAAAGGUGACAGAGGAGAGGUGGGUCAAGUUGGUCCAAGAGGAGAAGAUGGCCCUGAGGGCCCCAAAGGCCGUGCAGGCCCAACUGGAGACCCAGGACCCUCUGGCCAAGCAGGAGAGAAGGGUAAACUUGGAGUUCCAGGAUUGCCGGGAUAUCCAGGAAGACAAGGUCCUAAGGGUUCCACUGGAUUUCCUGGAUUUCCAGGUGCCAACGGGGAGAAAGGUGCCCGGGGAGUUGCUGGCAAACCAGGGCCCCGGGGUCAACGUGGUCCAACGGGUCCUCGAGGUUCCAGAGGUGCCAGAGGUCCUACAGGGAAACCUGGGCCAAAGGGUACUUCAGGAGGUGAUGGCCCUCCUGGCCCUCCAGGUGAAAGAGGUCCUCAAGGACCACAAGGUCCAGUUGGAUUCCCUGGACCAAAAGGCCCCCCUGGCCCUGCUGGGAAGGACGGACUACCAGGACAUCCCGGGCAGCGGGGAGAGACUGGAUUUCAAGGAAAGACUGGUCCCCCUGGUCCAGGAGGUGUGGUUGGACCACAGGGACCAACUGGGGAGACUGGUCCAAUAGGUGAACGUGGGCAUCCUGGACCUCCUGGUCCUCCUGGUGAGCAAGGACUACCUGGUGCUGCAGGGAAAGAAGGUGCAAAGGGUGACCCAGGUCCUCAAGGUAUCUCAGGGAAAGAUGGACCAGCAGGGAUACGUGGUUUCCCAGGUGAAAGAGGUCUUCCUGGAGCUCAGGGUGCACCUGGACUGAAAGGAGGAGAAGGUCCCCAAGGCCCACAGGGUCCAGUUGGCUCUCCAGGAGAACGAGGCUCUGCAGGCACAGCAGGCCCAAUUGGUUUGCCAGGCCGUCCUGGUCCCCAAGGUCCUCCUGGUCCAGCUGGAGAAAAAGGUGCUCCUGGAGAGAAGGGUCCUCAAGGCCCUGCUGGUAGAGAUGGAAUCCAAGGACCUGUGGGUCUCCCAGGUCCUGCUGGUCCUGCUGGCUCUCCUGGUGAGGAUGGAGACAAGGGUGAAAUUGGAGAACCAGGCCAAAAGGGCAGCAAAGGUGACAAAGGCGAAAACGGCCCUCCUGGUCCCCCAGGUCUUCAAGGACCUGUUGGUGCUCCUGGAAUUGCUGGAGGAGAUGGUGAGGCAGGUCCCAGAGGACAGCAGGGAAUGUUUGGACAAAAAGGUGAUGAGGGGGCACGAGGUUUCCCAGGACCUCCUGGACCCAUAGGUCUUCAGGGUUUGCCAGGCCCACCAGGCGAAAAAGGUGAAAAUGGAGAUGUUGGACCCAUGGGUCCACCAGGUCCUCCUGGCCCACGAGGUCCUCAAGGUCCCAAUGGCGCUGAUGGACCACAAGGACCCCCAGGCUCUAUUGGUUCUGUUGGUGGUGUGGGAGAAAAGGGUGAACCUGGAGAAGCAGGGAACCCCGGCCCCCCUGGCGAAGCUGGCUCAGGUGGUCCCAAAGGAGAGAGAGGAGAGAAAGGAGAAGCUGGGCCCCCUGGUGCUGCUGGUCCUGCUGGUGCUAAGGGACCACCAGGUGAUGAUGGCCCUAAGGGGAACCCGGGACCCGUUGGUUUUCCUGGGGAUCCUGGUCCACCUGGGGAACCUGGCCCUGCAGGGCAAGAUGGUGUUGGAGGUGACAAGGGUGAAGAUGGAGAUCCAGGGCAACCGGGACCCCCUGGUCCAUCUGGUGAGGCUGGUCCACCAGGUCCUCCUGGAAAGAGGGGUCCUCCUGGGGCUGCAGGUUCCGAAGGAAGGCAAGGUGAAAAAGGUGCUAAGGGAGAAGCUGGUGCUGAAGGGCCUCCUGGGAAAACUGGCCCCGUUGGACCUCAAGGUCCUUCUGGAAAACCUGGUCCAGAAGGUCUUCGAGGAAUCCCUGGUCCUGUGGGAGAACAAGGACUCCCUGGUGCUGCUGGCCAAGAUGGACCCCCUGGUCCUCUGGGACCUCCUGGUUUACCUGGUCUCAAAGGCGACCCUGGCUCCAAAGGUGAAAAGGGACAUCCUGGUUUAAUUGGAUUGAUUGGCCCUCCGGGAGAACAAGGGGAAAAGGGUGACAGAGGACUCCCUGGGACUCAAGGUUCUCCAGGAGCCAAAGGGGAUGGGGGCAUCCCAGGUCCUGCUGGUCCCAUAGGCCCUCCUGGUCCUCCAGGAUUACCAGGUCCUGCUGGACCGAAGGGUAACAAAGGAUCUUCUGGACCUACUGGCCAGAAGGGUGACAGUGGUCUGCCAGGGCCUCCUGGGCCUCCUGGUCCUCCUGGAGAAGUCAUCCAGCCAUUACCAAUUUUGUCACCCAAAAAGACAAGAAGACAUACUGAGAGCAUUCAGGCUGAUGCAGGGGAUAAUAUUCUUGAUUAUGGAGAUGGAAUGGAGGAAAUAUUUGGUUCCCUCAAUUCUCUGAAACAAGACAUUGAACAUAUGAAGUUUCCAAUGGGUACACAGAACAAUCCAGCACGAACAUGCAAAGACCUACAACUUAGCCAUCCUGACUUCCCAGAUGGUGAAUAUUGGAUUGAUCCUAAUCAAGGUUGUUCUGGAGAUUCCUUCAAAGUGUACUGCAAUUUCACAGCUGGUGGUGAGACAUGCAUCUAUCCAGACAAAAAAUCUGAAGGAGUAAGAAUUUCAUCGUGGCCAAAGGAGAAACCAGGAAGCUGGUACAGUGAAUUUAAGAGAGGAAAACUGCUUUCAUAUUUAGAUAUAGAAGGCAAUUCUAUUAAUAUGGUGCAAAUGACAUUCUUGAGACUCCUGACUGCCUCUGCCCGACAAAAUUUCACCUACCACUGCCAUCAGUCAACUGCAUGGUAUGACAUGUCAUCAGCAAGUUAUGACAAAGCACUUCGAUUUCUGGGAUCUAAUGAUGAGGAAAUGUCUUAUGAGAACAACCCACACAUCAAAGCAUUGUAUGACGGAUGUGCGUUCAGAAAAGGCUAUGAAAAGACUGUGAUUGAGAUCAAUACUCCAAAAAUUGAUCAGGUACCCAUCAUUGAUGUAAUGAUCAAUGAUUUUGGUGAUCAGAGUCAGAAGUUUGGAUUUGAAGUCGGUCCAGUUUGCUUUCUUGGCUGAGAUUUGGAUGGAGAGUAUGUGAAACCAACAGAGAAAGUACCUUGGUAAUUGCCACCAACCCAAUUCAUGCCAUAUACAAGCUUUGAAUAAGGACAGUAGGGAACAUGUGUUUAGGAAUCACCGAUGCCUCCUGGAAGCACAGUGAGAGGGAAGAAGUUU